CAUAAUUGCAGCCACAGCCCAGUUGGGUGGAUCAAUGGAUGGAGGGAAUCACUCAAUUGUGUCUGAGUUUGUGCUUUUGGGACUCACCCAUUCAUGGGAGAUCCAGCUUGUCCUCCUGGUGUUUUCCUCUGUGCUCUAUGUGGCAAGCAUGACUGGAAACUUCCUCAUUGUGUGUUCUGUGACCAUUGAUGCUCACUUACACUCCCCCAUGUACUUUUUCUUAGCCAACCUCUCCUUCAUUGACUUAGGAGCCUGCUCUGUGGUGUCACCAAAGAUGAUUUAUGACCUUUACAGAGAACAUAAAGUCAUCUCUUUUGGAGGCUGCAUUGCUCAGAUCUUCUUCAUCCACGUUGUUGGUGGGGUAGAGAUGGUGCUGCUCAUGGUCAUGGCCUUUGACAGAUAUGUGGCCAUAUGCAAGCCUCUCCACUACCUGACCAUCAUGAGCCAGAGAGUGUGCAUUUUGUUUACAGCUGCUGCUUGGGCCCUUGGCAUCACUCACUCACUGUUCCAAUUAGCAUUUGUUGUUAAUUUGCCCUUCUGUGGUCCUAAUGUAUUGGAUAGCUUUUACUGUGACCUUCCUCAGCUCCUCAGGCUGGCCUGUACAGAUACCUACAGAUUGCAGUUCAUGGUCACUGCCAAUAGUGGUUUUAUCUGUGUUGGUUCCUUCUUAAUACUCCUCAUCUCCUAUGUCUACAUCAUGUUUACUGUUUGGAAGUACUCCUCAGGUGGUUCAUCCAAGGCUCUCUCCACUCUGUCAGCUCACAUCACUGUGGUCCUUUUGUUCUUUAUCCCAACCAUGUUUGUCUAUACAUGGCCACACCCCAAUUCACAGAUGGACAAGUUUCUUGCACUGUCUGAUGCUGUGCUCACUCCUUUUUUAAAUCCAGUCAUCUAUACACUUAGGAAUAAAGAUAUGAAGGCAGCAAUGAAGGGAGUAUGGAAACACUUACUUAUUUACAGAAAGGUCUCUUAAGUGAUAAGGUUAAGGCCUUUUCACCAAUGAUGGUGUAGCCUUUGGUUUCUGUCUUUGACAUUUUUGACUCAGGAAGUUUGGGACAUCACAUAUUGAUCUGUAUGUUAUCAGAUCUUUAACAGAAUUUUUAACUGAUGAAUGUAUUUAUUCCAUGGAAAGAGUGAAUCAUGAAAACAGUAUGUCUAUCUAUGUAAGUCCCACUAAAAUUUUCUCAGAUAUGUUAUGUAGUUUUCAGUGAAUAGGUCUUACAUAUCUUUUUUGAGAUUUAUUCUUAAGUAUUUAAAUUUUUGAUACUGUUUUACA